UACAUUGCAUAACAUAACCUUACUUUUUUACACUUGGUUUUUCUAUAAACAGUAUAUUAACAAUAACAAUUUAUUGAAUGAAAAACCUAUAUAGUUAAAAAAAUAUAUAGUUGUUCUUUGAGAAAAACAAUGUCGCAGAAUGAAGGGGAAAUGCAUGGAAAAAAGAAAUCAAAAGCUUUUAGACAUUCAACAUCUUUUUACAGACAAAAAGCUAAACUUUUGAAAAUGGCACAUACAGAACCUGAAGAGCUAAUUACUCAAAAUGGGACUAAAGAUUUUCAUGAGCUGCCUGAUGUACAUACACAAGCAUCUACAAGCAGAUUAACCUUAACAGAUGAUGAGAUCAAACAGGAAGAUGUCAUUCUGACUUCUGCCAACACCAACAGACCUGAUACUACACCAAAAGGGCAUGAAUGUGAUCUAAUCGCUAACGAGUUUGAGCUUACAGAUGAUGAUGAUGAGGUGACUAAUUUGGAAUUUGAAAUAGAAUCAAAGUAUUUGAGGCGGGAGAAGCUGAGGCAUUGGGCAGUCAAAAAUGGAAUAGCUCAUACUCAUCUUAAUGAGCUUUUAGAUAUUUUGUUAUCUUUUGGAAUCUCCGGGUUACCAAAAGAUGCGAGGACACUAGUAGCAACACCCAAAUUAAUAACGACCACAAAAAUGAGCAAUGGGGGUGAGUUCUGGUAUAACGGUAUCGAAAAGUGCCUGAAAAAUAUUGAAUUGCCAAAUCAUAUUAAGGAAAUUAAAUUAAAUACCCAUGUAGAUGGAAUCCCAAUUGGAAAAAGUUCUAAACAACAAUUCUGGCCUAUUCUAAUGAAUAUUUCGAAUAUACCUGAACUUUCUUGUAAACCUUUUGUUGUUGCAAUUUUUUGUGGUAAAGCGAAGCCUGAGAAUGCUGAAUUAUUUCUACAGCAAUUUCCUGAAGAACUGAACAGAUUAUUAAUAGUUGGGAUCUACAACAACCAGAACCAGCAUAUGGCACUUAAAACAAAUGCUUUUAUUUGUGACACUCCUGCCAGAGCUUUUAUUAGAUGUACAGUAUCCCAUAAUGCUUAUUACAGCUGUUUAAAAUGCUCUGUCAAAGGCUGGUAUGAUAAAAAGGGCAGACAUAUUAGCUUUCCUCAAACAAAUUGCAAUCUAAGGACAGAUGCCAGUUUUAGAAGCAAGUCAGAUCCAGAACACCAUCAAAAAGACAAAAACCAAGACAAACACAAUGAUGCACUAAUACCAUCACCCCUUGAAAGACUGCCUAUUGAUAUGGUAAGAGAUUUUGUUGUUGCAGAUUCCUUGCAUCUAAUAGAUCUUGGAUUAGUAAAAAGGUGCUUAAGUGGAUGGGUUCAUGGUAGUUAUAACUUUAAAGAGAAGUUGUUUUCACCUCAAAUUACUUCCAUUAAUAGUUAGAAAAUUCAAAUAAACACCUUCCAAAUGACAUUCAUAGAACAGUUAGAAGUUUGGACUCACUGUCUUUUUGGAAAGGGACAGAAUAUAGAACUUUUCUAUUAUACCUGGGACCUGUGAUAUUAAAAGAGCAUCUACAUACGAAGACAUAUAAUCAUUUUAUGAUGUUAUUUUGUGCAAUAACUAUUUUAUCAGCCAAUUUCUACUGCAGACAGGAACAUCUCUUGGAAAUGGCAAAACAGAUACUAAAUGACUAUAUUGAACUUUUUGUUUCACUUUAUGGUGAGGACUCGAUUAGCAGUAAUGUACAUAACUUGUGUCAUGUAGUUGAUGAUGUGAAAAGAUUCGGCUGUCUGCCUGAAAUAUCUACAUACAGAUUUGAAAAUGAGUUAGGUGUCAUUAAAAACUUAUUAAGAACUGGUAAUCGACCCUUGAUACAAGUUGCUAAACGCUUGGGAGAACUUACGGACUAUGAUAAACCAAAUCUUAUCCAUCCAGAGGCUAUUUUUAAAGUACCUAUAAAAUGUCCAAUAUCCAAUUUGGAACCUUUUGAAAACAUCCAUUAUAAAUGUCUAAUUAUAUGCAAUACCUUAUUCAGAAAUGAUAAUAAGAACCAAUGGUUGUUGACUAAAGAUGAUAUAAUUAUUAAAAUGUUGAGCUGUUACGGAUCACCAACGAUUCCAAAAAUUCUGGGCAUGCCUUUAAAAAAUCAGAAAAAUAUGUUUUCUUAUCCAUUUCAGUCAAAUAAGCUUAGUAUCUUUAAGUGUCCGGAAGAAGUUUUUAAUGAUCCCAAACCUAUUUUAAGUUCUGAAAUUAAGUGUAAACUUGUCAAAGUAGAGCAUAAUGAUAGCUGUAUUUUGUUCCCUUUGAUUCACACUCUGGAUUUAUUCAAUAAAAAUAUUUAAUAAAAUUUAAAAA